UGAGUGGGUCGUCUGGUGGCCCCCGUCACUCACUGUAAACAUUCCAGAGUGCCUCCAGAGUGCCUCCAGAGCUCUGCCCGCUGCCAGUGUCUCUUACACUGGCCGAGCAACACCAGCGUCUAUGACGAACUUCCUCAAGUAUAAGAGUUGGUAUCGGAUGGAGGGUGCGGAGAACACAGACCAUUUUAGAGACCUGGAAUUAAUAAGAGAAAGAUGUAGUGUUCUGAAUAAGAAUCGAAUUAAAAAUGGAAAUGGAGCUGAAGGGGUGGGAGUGUCUGGCUCGGCCCCAAUAUGCACCAUUAAGGAUCACUCCAACGACGUCACCAGUGUGGAUUUUGCUGGCAGAUCUCUGCUUGCCACUGGCUCAUCUGACAAGAGUGUGCGUGUGUACAAGUGGCAAGUUGGCGACACCUUUGUUGAGGUUAGUUACUCUCCACUUCUUGGACAUACAUACGGAGUCAACUGUGUCAGUUUCUCUCCCUUUGGAACAAAGUUAGCUUCUGCUUCAACUGAUGGAUCAACAAUCAUAUGGGAUGUGAAGACUGGGGAUCGUCUGUGUUCACUGCAACCUCCAAGCGAAGCUGCAGUACGAGUAUGUGCCUUCUCCCCAAACUCGGUUCUGUUGGCUGCGGGCGGAGAUGAUGACAUGGCUGGUAUAUGGGAUGUGUCAACAUUGUCAUUGCUCAGAAACAAGCAAUCCCCCGAAAAGUGUUUACUAAGACGGAUGUGUGGAGACGAGUCUACAGUGACCAGCGUUAGCUUUACUCCGGACAGUUGCUACCUGGCAACAGGCACCAGUGGGGGAGAAAUAAGAGUGUGGGAUGCCCGUUAUGGCCACUCUGUACCCCUUGCCAUGAAGGCCGAGGCUCAUGACCUGGGAGUAUCAUCCCUCCACUUUAGUCCAGCAUUUGGCAAAGAAGAACAUGGCAUAAUAGGAAAACAAUACCUGUUAGCUUCAGGAGGUCAAGAUAAUGAGCUACACCUGUGGGUUGUGGAGAUAGAGAGUCAGGUCCUGGGAGGAGACAGCACACCAUCCAUUACACUUCACCAGACUUUAUGUGGUCAUUGUGCACCUAUAAUGUGUGUCAGAUUUAGUGCCACCGGACUAAUUUUGGCAUCUGCAUCUGGAGACAAGACUGUCAGACUCUGGGAUCCAAUGAGGCUAACAGCCCUUGGUGUAUUAGAAGGGCACAAGAGAUAUGUAACUUCGUGUGCCUUUAGUGAUGAUGGAGCCUUGGUAGCUGCUGGAAGUGGUGAUCGUGUUGUCCACGUGUGGCGGGUUGAUGCUGCUACAAGUUCACUCGCUCAGAUACCCAGGCGGCAUGCUGCUGAUCAUAAAAAACUGCUGGUUAGGUUUCCAUCACAGAGGUUUCGAGAAAAUAUUAAGCUAGUGGAGUGGAACUGUGAGGAUGUGUGUGGCUGGCUGGUUGAACAAGGCUUAGCAGAAUAUUCUCACAAUUUCCGUUCACAUGCUAUUGAUGGACGAGAAUUGUUGGCAAUGACAGAUGAAAUCCUUGAGCAAAAACUUAGUGUUGAUGCUUUAGGCCAUCGCAACAAAAUUCUACGACUGAUUCGUAAAUCUACGCAGGAUCUACAGACCAAUAAGGAAACUGCUAAUACACCUCCUACAGAGUACCUGUGUCCUAUUACACAGGAGUUAAUAAAUGAUCCUGUUUUAUGUGCAGAUGGAUUCACCUAUGAACGGGUGGCAAUGGAAGCUUGGCUGGCUAGUGGUAAACGCACAAGUCCAAUGACCAAUGAGAAGCUCUCUCACCUCACGCUCACUCCUAAUCGCACUCUACGGACUUUAAUACAGAGGUACAAGGAGGAAAGUAUGUGACCUUGCAGGUUAUGUAUAUGCUUGAUUGUUGUUCCAGUAAGAAUACUAAUGUAGCGUACAAGGAAUGUUACUGCUGAGACUCUCAGUGAUACAAUAACAAAUAUUUGAUACACAUUAUGUCAGUAAGACGGCUUUGUUUUCACAGGUAGAAUGACACAAGGGUUUGUAAUACAGUAUAGAGUUCAGUACUUCAUGUGGAAAUUUCAGUGAGACUAUCAGACUAUUACUGGUGUUUGUGGGUUAACUUGAGUUGGACCAUCAUAAUUAUACAGUAUACAGUGCAACCAUAAUAGAACAGAUCACAAUUGAAGGGGAAAAGUCCUUGGUGCAAUGGAAAGAAUUUAGUACUGGACGAACUUUGGUACAAUGGAUCACAGUGUAUGUUCAGCCAUGAUGCCUAAAUACACUAGACUGACUUGA